AAGAUCAAGAGCGAGAAACCUGAUGAUGACGAUGACUCCAGGGAACGUAAAUAAAGAUCGCAGGUGACAGACGGAGAAGGAGUCGUCUUUUCAGUGGUCAGAUCUGCCUCAAGAACAGCAAGAUGGGUGAAAGGAAAGGUGUCAACAAGUACUACCCCCCUGACUAUGACCCAAAUAAGGGAGGGCUCAACAAGUUCCAGGGCACGCAUGCCUUACGAGAGCGUGCCCGGAAGCUGCACCUCGGCAUCCUCAUCAUCCGCUUUGAGAUGCCAUACAACAUCUGGUGCGAGGGAUGCAACAACCACAUUGGUACUGGUGUGAGGUACAAUGCGGAGAAGAAGAAGGUUGGCAUGUACUACUCCACCCCCGUCUACCAGUUCAGGAUGAAAUGUCACUUGUGUGACAACCACUUCGAAAUCAAGACAGACCCGGCGAACCUUGAUUAUGAGAUAGUGAGUGGAGCGCGGCGGCAGGAGAGGAGGUGGGACCCGACGGAGAAUGAACAGGUGGUGCCGGAGGACAAAGAGGUGACGCGCAAGAUGGCGGUGGAUGCUAUGUACAAGUUGGAGCAUGGCGUGGGGGACAAGACCAAGGCAAAGGAGGUGGACCCAGUACUGAAGGAGCUGGAGGAGUUUCAGGCAACACGGUGGCAUGAUGACUACAGCUCAAACCAGGCACUCAGGGCAAGGAUGAGGAAAAAGCGUGAGGAAGCCAAAAGCCUAGCAGAGAAGGAUUCAGCUCUCAACUUGUCUGUCCCUCUCCUGCCACCCACCGCUGAAGAUGCCAAGAUUGCGAAGCUGCUACAGUUUACUCAGUCCAAGUCGUCUGAGCAGCUGAGGAAGGAGAAGAGAGCCAUCAUUGAUGCCCGGUCUGUCUUCACAAAGCUCAAGACAAAGAAGAUUUCCCAGAAGACCAAGAAGGCAGUGGCCAGACAGCAACUCCACAGCAUCAUGUCUCAUUCACAAAAGACCUUCAGUAACUUUAAAAACCCUUAUGGAGGCCCUACAUUGGGGAUCAUUCACAAGAAAUCAACCUUGGAGAGAGAAUCAAAGCCAAAGAAUGAAUCAGAAUCAUUAUCAGAGUUAGAAAAAGAGUCAGAAAGAUCAGAGAAAGAAUUAGAAUCUGUAUCAACUUCAGGGAUAGAGUCAGAGGUAUCAGAUAUGGAGUCAGAAGGUACCAGCACAAGCACAAAUAUUAAUGGAUCACAGGAGGGAAGUAGCAGUGAGGUGUUAGCAGUAGAGAAGCAGAGUAGUAGUUCUGAAGCAACAGGAAGCACGAAAAACACCAGCUUGGUUAGUUACGAUAUGAGUACCAGUGACAGUGACGACGCCAGCUAGUGAGUGUUGUGGAUACAGAAUUAGGUUUGCUAUAGAUUGUUCAGAUUGGAAUUAGACAUCUCUGAUUAUUUAUACUACUAUUAAUAAAUAUUUUUGCUGGAAAGUAAGAA